GGAGCAGCAGAAGAAAAGCGGUUUAUACACGGAAGCAAAACCGCGACGUAAAUCGUACAAACUGUCCUGACUCGUUUGUUUCUUGGGAUUGAGUUGAGAGGACUGGACAGAUUAGAUUAUACAGAUUUGGUUUACAUUUCACCGGGUGGUGGACGCAGCGGACACAAUGCGGACGGCUUUGUUGUCACUUUCUAUUUUACUGCUCUGCGUGUUGGUCGCAGGGGCUCCAACAGGUGUCAAGACAUCUGCACCAGAAAUUGGUUCUCCAAAAAGUAAUUCUGGCAGUGACAAGGGUACGCAGGGAAAGGAGAAUGUAGCUGGUAAAACCGACAAAGACACAAAUACAGCCGAUACGCAGGGAAAGGAGAAUGUAGCUGGUAAAACCGACAAAGGCACAAAUACAGCCGAUACGAAGGGAAAGGAGAAUGUAGCUGGUAAAACCGACAAAGACACAAAUACAGCCGAUACGAAGGGAAAGGAGAAUGUAGCUGGUAAAACCGACAAAGAAACAGAUACAGCCGAUACGAAGGGAAAGGAGAAUGUAGCUGUUAAAACCGACAAAGAAACAGAUACAGCCGAUACGAAGGGAAAGGAGAAUGUAGCUGGUAAAACCGACAAAGACACAAAUACAGCCGAUACGAAGGGAAAGGAGAAUGUAGCUGGUAAAACCGACAAAGACACAAAUACAGCCGAUACGAAGGGAAAGGAGAAUGUAGCUGGUAAAACCGACAAAGACACAAAUACAGCCGAUACGAAGGGAAAGGAGAAUGUAGCUGGUAAAACCGACAAAGACACAAAUACAGCCGAUACGAAGGGAAAGGAGAAUGUAGCUGGUAAAACCGACAAAGACACAGAUACAGCCGAUACGCAGGGAAAGGAGAAUGUAGCUGUUAAAACCGACAAAGAAACAGAUACAGCCGAUACAAAGGGAAAGGAGAAUGUAGCUGGUAAAACCAACAAAGACACAAAUACAGCCGAUACAAAGGGAAAGGAGAAUGUAGCUGGUAAAACCGACAAAGACACAAAUACAGCCGAUACGAAGGGAAAGGAGAAUGUAGCUGGUGAAACCGACAAAGACACAAAUACAGCCGAUACGAAGGGAAAGGAGAAUGUAGCUGGUAAAACCGACAAAGAAACAGAUACAGCCGAUACGAAGGGAAAGGAGAAUGUAGCUGGUAAAACCGACAAAGACACAAAUACAGCCGAUACGAAGGGAAAGGAGAAUGUAGCUGGUAAAACCGACAAAGACACAGAUACAGCCGAUACGAAGGGAAAGGAGAAUGUAGCUGGUAAAACCGACAAAGAAACAGAUACAGCCGAUACGAAGGGAAAGGAGAAUGUAGCUGGUAAAACCGACAAAGACACAGAUACAGCCGAUACGAAGGGAAAGGAGAAUGUAGCUGGUAAAACCGACAAAGAAACAGAUACAGCCGAUACGAAGGGAAAGGAGAAUGUAGCUGGUGAAACCGACAAAGACACAGAUACAGCCGAUACGAAGGGAAAGGAGAAUGUAGCUGGUGAAACCGACAAAGACACAAAUACAGCCGAUACGAAGGGAAAGCACCAUGCAGGUCAUCAAUCUGACAAUCCAGGGGAUUCAAGAACGACGGAGGAUGAAAACAGUCAUUUCUUUGCCUACUUCGUCACCGGAGUUGUGCUGGUGGUCGUUCUCUACAUCGCUAAGCACAACAAGCGCAAGAUUAUCGCCUUUGUUUUGGAAGGGAAGAAUUCCAGAUCCACACGUCGACCUAAAUCUUCAAAUUACCAGAAGCUGGAACAACAUAUGUGAUCCAAAGCUGCCCAGAGAAGCUGAGAAAACGGCUUUAGUAGACUGCGAGUGGAUACAAAUCAGGGAUCUACAGUAAAUAAAACGACCUGUUAAAUGGACAUUCUUCUAUUCUUGACUUCUAAAUGUUGAAUGACUAUGCAGACGACACUGAUGCCUUAUUGGGAAAGGGAGGAAGUUAGAGGGGGCUGAGGUGGAGGGGAGUAAAAAAAGGAAGUUAUGUGAAAUAGGCUUGCAUUAAAAAAAGGAAGUUAUGUGAAAUAGGCUUGCAUUAAAAAAAGGAAGUUAUGUGAAAUAGGCUUGCAGUAUUUUGCACUGCUUUUGCAAUCUGGCCUGUCGAAGGCCCUCACUCAGGGUGUAGAAGUAGCAAAUCAGUUGUCUGCACUUCCGUCUUAUUUUAUGAUACUGGACAGAUUUCAACAUGCACCUGAAUAAGUCGUCAAUGUCAUGUUUCUGUUUAAAUGCCUUUAUUUGUGCUGUUUCCUUAAACAAUCUGUUUUGGAGCCACUGUUAAAAUCUUGUCAGUCCAGAUAUAGCAUGCUUGGCCAAUGGUGACUUUUGGGUGUUUUUUGUUUUUUUUGUCUCAACUUAUACCACUUGAUGGGUUGGAUCUGUUGUCCACAAUAUAUUGCUUCUACCUUAAAUUGCAUUUCUAGGGUGGGAUUUGGCUGCAGCCUCUAUGUUUUGGUUCUUUCAGGAAAAAGAUUGCUCUGUACACAUGACAUGACCACUAAAAUAAGAAGUUUGUUCUUUCAACUUGAAUGGAUUUGUUUUUGUAUUUAGAAAAAAAUGCCAUACCUGUGCCAAAUGAUUUAAGAAAAUAUUGUGAUUUAUUGUGCUGCUGUCUUUCUUUUUUUUUUUUGCCUCAUACUUUCAGUAAUCUUUUUUUUUCUAGCAAGUUUUGGUGAAAGAGAAAAUAUUCUGCUGCUUCCUGGAAGCCAUGUUUGUAGUAUGCUAAACAGUUAAUCUUUUUAGUCCUCUGAGUUUCAAAAAGAAUUGUAUAGACAUUCUGCUAUUUUACUUCAUAUCAAAUAUGAACAGCUGACUGCUUCUAUUAAAAUAAAAGCUAUUUUUUAACUUU